UCAAAGUCGACACUUCCUUUAUAUAGUGUUGGUAACGUAAGCCUUCCACAGCAUCACAUUUGAGUGGGAGCUGGCUGGUAGCAGUGGGUGAUGGCAACUGCAGGCCCUCUUCCAAGGACUGAUCCUGAAGUGGAACGAAUGUCCAACCACAGAUUCAGCCCCGUGUCUGAGGACGAACCAUGCUGCAACCUCUCCCAGAAAGCCAAGAUCUGUCUGGGCACCUUCUGUGUCCUGGUCGUGCUGACCAUCGCGGCGGUGGUGGGUGUCCUGUGGGGUCUCCCGGCGCCCAAGCUCAAGGAGUGGGACGGGAAAGGCACCACUCCGAAUUUUCCGGAGAUUGUCCUGGGGCGAUGCUACACCUACACUAAAGUCCUGCGGCCUGAGCUGAGUCAUAAAGACUGCCGAAAGAUAGGGAAAGCAUUCAUGGAUGCAUUCCUUUCCAAGGACCCUUGUAGCAGUACAGAACGAGACUACCAACCGCUGCUGGAGCUGACAAAUCAAACUGUACCUUGCAACAAGACCCUCUUUUGGAGCAAAUCAAGUGAGCUGGCGCAUCAGUACACAACUGUCCAGCAGGAGAUGUUCACGCUGGAGGACACACUCCUGGGUUACAUAGCCGACGGUCUCAAGUGGUGUGGAGAUGCGGACUCUUCUGAAGUGAACUAUGGCUCUUGUCCAACCCGGGGAGGAAAAUGCAUCAACAACACUUUUUCUGUAUUCUGGAACACGGUGUCUAAAAGGUUUGCAGAAAAUGCCUGCGGUGUGGUCCAGGUGGUGCUCAAUGGGUCCAUCAGUAAUGGCUUUAAUAAAAACAGCACUUUUGGAAGUGUGGAAAUCUAUAAUUUGCGUCCAGAGAAGGUUCCUACACUGCAAGCCUGGGUGAUGCAUGACAUUGGAGAUCGCAGUGUCGCAUGCUCAAGUUCCUCCAUCAAUGAUCUGAAAUUGAUUUUAAGCAACAGGAAUAUUAAAUUUACCUGCCACGAUAACUACAGGCCUAUCAAGUUUCUUCAGUGUGUGAAAAAUCCUGAGCAUUCAUCCUGCAGAUCUUUAAUAUGAGCCAAUAGGCAUGGCAGUUUCAGAGCUUGGAGCCCUUCUGAUAUACAUCACUGUGCCUGACUCAGGAGACACGCUGGUGGAAAGCCUACAUCCUGACAUCCCUCUCCUCUGUCAUCAUGUCAACACUGGAGAUGGAAUUCUUUCCCCCCAAAGUCUUAAAAUAACUUAUGUUAUUUACAUAGUUUUAUUUUCAACUCCUAAUAUUUAAGAAAAGUUAUAUAAAAUAAAAAUGAAAAUUUUGUAUUAAAUUAUUUCAUUUUAAUUUUCAUGUCAUGCUAUUAUGUAGUUUAUAUGUUGGUAACAUUCUUUCUAUCGAAGAAUGACCACACCAAAAUCUCUUGUUUAACAGGCAAGAAAAAUAAAGAAAGGUAGAUGUCCAAACUUUUCAGAAAACAUUACAUUUGCAAAUGAAUAACAUUGUCUCAGGAUAUAUUUUUGAACCUUUCCUACAGAUAAACAAUAAUGCCAUGGUUAUGGGUCAUGUUGGGGAAAAUAUUCUGUAGGAUAUAAACUACCCAUAUAAUGGAUACUUUACCUCUAAGAACCUUUGUAACAACUCUAUGAUGUUGGUAUUAUUAUCUCUCAUUUGUUAGAUGAGAAAGUGGAAGUUCAGAGAGAUUAUAUAAUUAGCCUAAGGUCAUACAUUUAGUUCAAGGCAGAGGCUGAAUUUGAACUCAGCUCUGUCUGACUCCAAAGUAUAUGUGCUCUCUCUGUCUAGGCCUGUAAUACCAAACUGUCAGUGCCUUGUUUUUGCUUCCAAUAAAUGCAUGUUGGA